AUGGCUGCGCAACAAGAAGAGGAUUGGGCGUUCAGCUGCUCUGGGCUGGCCUACAACACAGGCAAGCCCGGACGAGCAAAGUCACUCGUCAUUAAAGUCCGGCAUGGGAACAGGAACUCAAAGGAAUCCAUUGGUUCCUUCAAUAACCUGGAUACUGAGGUAUCUCAGGAUGGUUUCAGUGACAGGGAGGUUAACUUUGAUAUGGGGACCACUAACAUCCAAGAUCUCGCCCUCGUCGUCGGGGAAUGUUUCGAAAAGGACGAUGACGAGAUUCUCGGUGAAAACUAUUUGAAGAACACCCCACGUGCUAACAGUGUUCAGACUUUCAACAGCGAGGUCCAUGCACACAUCAGAACCAGAGAGUCUGCAUUUGUUGUGAGGUUGGUCAAAGACGGAAGCAAUAGAGUCAGGUACUUCACCCUCAAGAACAAGAAGAACGGCCUCUGCGAGUUCAAACCUCUCUCUUCUAUAAACUACCAUUUCAAGAAGUUUAUGUUCUACUCGGAAUUCGUGGUCGGCGAACGACAAUCUAUCCGGGAGAUCCAACGAGCUCAUAUCCGCGAUACUAUUACCGAGCUACUAAAGGGAAUCGUCGAAGAUUUGGAUAAACCAGACUCACUGGGGUCUUCGGGGCUGUCUGAGAGCGACCCUUCUUCAACCGCCCACCAAAUAUCAGCACCAGAGAAUGAACCAACGACUUCGGCAGAAACCGAGUCUAUGACAACAAUGGCUUUCAAUGGCGAGAUUAGACCUCCUCAGAACUUUGAUGGGUCCUUGGGGGCAGAAGAAGCUGCGCUGAACCCAUCGAACUCAGAAGGUCACGUUGGGACAGUGGCCGAAGAAAGCAUUAAGAAGAUUCGACAGCUCGGAGAAGGUGGUAUGACUAUGACGGUUGCGACCGAAUUUGUCCAUGGAUUCAAGAUCUUGUGGCCCGAGGCGAUGACCCCUUUCACAGAACAUAUCGUCACACCGGAAGCAAUAAUCCAACUUGAUACUGGCAUCUCCAACGGGGCCCUCUCAAUGGUGAUUUCCCCAGCUCUGCCUGCCUCGACAAUCAUCGUUGACGCAUUCCUUCGUACAUUCAUCUUGCUGUUCUGUGACAAAGCGUCAACCUCGACCUUCAACGAUAAUCCAACGUUGCUCGCAGAUGCCAUUGUACGCGCGUAUCGAAUUGCAGAAGCAAUCGCUGGCAGCCCUUUCCAGUGA